UGUAUGCAGAGGCUACCGAUGACACCAGUGAAGGCAUUCGAAGCAUGUCUGCUCCUGAUGCUCAGGAAUGUAUGCAAGAAACGAUUAAUUACACCGGUGAAGGAAGCAGCAGCGCUCCGCAUAUCCAAAUAACACCGGAAGCAUCAUCAUCCAAGUCGAAAAUACCUUGCAAGGAACAAGCGAAUGCCGAAAUCGUCAGUGAGCCAAUCGCCAUCACUGUAUCGAGAAAGUUGCACUUUUUCUGUCCAGAUACGCUAAAAGCCAUUCUUUCAGAAUCACUGUUUGGAAAACAGAUUCUGAAAGCAUCGGAAACAUUAUCUCUGUCGAACGCUGGUCGGAAGUUCGUUGUGGAUACUGUGGCAAAAUUUCACAUUAAUCAAGGCCGAAAAACAUCCGGAGAAAUAUUGGGUGAUUACAGCGAUGCCAUUAUUGUGCUUUUCAGAAAGGAAAGCAAGGUGAGAAAUUAUGGUGUGUUUAUUUCAGUAGAAGUGAUUUAAAUAGAGUGUCCUGGCAUUCAAUUCAUGUUCAAGAAUGAGCAAGCUACUUCAACGUCUAAGUUAUACACCUGCCUUGACAGCGAUCAAGACGUUUGGA